AUGAUGGGAAACGAGAACUCCCAACUAAAUGGUUUGGAAGUAGAAGAGAAAGCGACAGAAAUUACAGAUUUUUGGUCACAUUAUCAGGCUACUAUUAAGGAUAGUUGUAGAUAUUUUAGUUUCAAAGGUGAUGGAUCAGUAUCAGUAUUCAAAGGAGAAACAGUUUUAGGGCCGUUAUGGAAUAUAUCAAGUCCACUGGAAAAGUUCUCCAAUAAUCUCUUGAAAUACCGACACCCUUGUAUUGUGAGAUACAUAUCAUCAUGGCAACAGCGAUCUACUUUUCAUCUUGCCACUGAAUAUGUACAGCCUCUUUCACAUGUUUUAAGUUCUCAGACGCCUUUACAAAUUUGUAUAGGUCUAAACAACAUUCUUCGGGCAUUAGUUUUUCUUCAUGAUCAGGCUGGUAUGUCACAUAAUAAUGUGAGUGUAUCUUCAAUUUAUGUAUCGGGUGAUGGUCAGUGGAAAUUAGGCGGCCUGCAGUAUCUCUGUCCCUUCAGUGAACUUAAUGCAGCAUAUUUGAAACAUGCCAGGAUACACAGAUAUGAUAAAGCGGUUGAUCCUAAUGAAGAUGCAACUGAAAGGAACUCUAAAGUUGACCAAUAUGCUUUUGCUGUACUAGUUGAUGAUGUUUUCAAAGGCUGUAGUGAUGGAGAAGUACCGCACUUAAAAGAGUUUACAAAUUAUUGCAAACAAAAUCUUCAAAAUCCAGACUGUGAAAAAAGACCGAAACUAUCAGAACUAUUUAAGGACAAUUUUUUUAAUCAUGAAUUUAUAUCUAUUUAUAAGUUUUUAAAUUUUUUACCAAUUAAAUCUGAUGAAGAAAAGAGUGAGUUCUUUGCUAAUGUGAUAAGAAACCUCAAAUGUUAUGAUGAAGUUACUGUAGCAAAGCAACUCGGAGGAUUAUUAUUAUCAAGGCUAACACUUCUGGACUCAACCGCCAGGAGAGAUGUAUUACCAUUCAUAUUAAAACCAAAAGAUGAUAGAGUACAGAAUGGUGAACACACAGGAUUCUUCUGUUUAAAUGUAUUCAAAGAACAUGUAAAACCCAGACUCUUGCAAUUGUUUGGUGUGAGGGACAGUCAAAUAAGGAUGUUGUUAUUAUCACAUUUCAACAAAUUUGUUCAUGUGUUCAGUCACGAAGAACUUUCACAUCAUAUAUUACCAGAGUUACUUCUUGGGAUCAAAGACACAGAUGACAGUCUAGUUGCAUCAACAUUGAUAUGUUUAAGUGAAUUAGUACCUAUAUUAGGAGCAGACACUGUAGUGGGUGGCAAAAGAUCCAAAUUUUUCACCGAUGGCAGACCUAAAUCUAAAUCAAAUCAUUUGAAACCAGAAAAUGAUUUGUAUUUAGCAAAUAAAUCACUAAGAGACCUUCAUACUACCGAAAACAGAUUUCCUGAACGAAAAUUAAGUAAUUACGAAGAAAGUAUGGCGCUUAAUGAAAGACCAACUCCCGUUGGUGGUGAAUGUUUAGAAAUUGAAAAUAUAUGUGUUCCUGAACAGAACAAUGUAGUAGAUUCCGAAGAUGACUGGGAUGAUUGGGAUAAUUCUAACAGGCAGUUAGUUAUGAAAGAGAUUGAAUCAACAAACAUUGAAUUUACUGAAGAAAAGAUAACGACAGAAAACAAUUCUAUGGAAAAGAAAGAAACUAUCGGUGAUUUGACUGUUGAAAACAUUAAGCCUUCUAAACAUUCCGCGUUAUUGCAGAAAGCUGCUUUAGAAGCUAAAAGAAAUAUUAUUGACAUAUCAGAAUUGGACAUAAAAAAUCAAAAGAAUGAUUUUUCUAAGAAAAAUGAUGAUUUUGAUUACUUUGCUGACAUGAUGCCUGUUAUUGAAAAACAACAAGUUGUUGUGGAAAAGAUACCAGAUAUCAGUAAUAAACUUAAUUUUGUACCAGCUAGUAGUGAUGACAAUGAAGAUUGGGGGGAAAAUUGGAAUGAAUAG